UCUUGUACAAACGCAAAGUCGGGGUCCUCGGUACCACUACCCCGAAACAUGGAUAUUCCAUUCUGACCGCUUGACUAAAGCGGCAGUUUAUUGAAAUCGCUCGUUCGGGGCCACGCCCACACUGAGCUCCCUGAUCCUAGGGCAGGCAGGCAGAGUGUAAAAUGGCGCACAGCUGUCGGUGGCGGUUCCCUGCUCGGCCCGGAGGGAGCAGCAGCUCGGGCACCGGGAGGAAAGCGGGCCGAAUUCGGGUUUCUGCUUCCCUCCUAAACAGCGCGGGGACUAAUUCGAACACGAACGGGCUCGGGCCCGGUUUCGACGCUGCGUUGCAAGUGUCCGCUGCCAUCGGCGACAACCUGCAGAAAUUUCGGGAUGUUUUGGGGGAUUCGAGCGGCUCCAGCAGCGAGGAGGAAGAAUUUGGUGGCUUUGACCCAGUCAAUGACAGCAGAACAAUACAAAGCCCAGGAAGGACGUCAAUAGGUCCCGUCACACCAGAAAAGAAGCCCAGAGGACGUCCUCCGAGGGCUCUGGCUACACAGAGAGUUGGCCCUAAUGUUGAGACAGCUUCUUUGCCUGUCACCACAGUUCCUACAGUGAAGGUUAAACGACCACCAGGGAGACCCCCUGGCUCUGGAGAGAAAAGAAGAGGCCGCCCACCUGCUUCUGCCAGCCAGAGAAGCUGGCAACAGAGCAGCCAUGUACUGCCUGAAGAUGGUAGGGAUGCAGUACAGGAAUGCAGCUCCAGCCCCACAUGUCGCAAGGACACUGCAGAGGAUGAAGUUGAGGAGAAAAGGCAAACUCUGCUUGGGUCUGGGCAGCAUCAGGGAUCAGAGGCAAAGCUUAACAAAAUCAGACGGGAAUCCAAGGUGACCAAACUGAAAAGACUUCGGGAUGUCAAACUGAGCCCACUGAAGUCUAGGCUAAAGGCCAUUGGGGGAAAAGGUGUCCCAGUUCCUGUCGGGCAAAAAAGGAAACGGGGCAGACCGCCUUCUGCUGAGCGUCUCAAAGCUGAGGCCGCUGCUCAGGCUGCUAUUGCCUCCUCACUCCAGGAGUUGUCCUCUACAGUUUCUGGGACUGCCAAACAUAAAGCCUUCAGGGUUCGUCAGGUACAAGAUUUGGGUCCCAGCACACCACACGAUAUCAAGCUCAGGGAUUCUUAUCCUGCUGAUGAACGCACUAGCCCAGGUCCACCCGACUCACCCCCAGCAGUCAACCCUGUAACACCUUCUAAACUUGGGAGGCCCUUAGGGUUACGUCAGAGCCCUCGUCAUGUCAAGCCUGUGCGUGUUGUCCCUUCCUCCAAACGCACUGAUGCCACUAUUGCAAAGCAGCUUCUACAACGGGCCAAGAAAGGAGCCCAGAAAAAGAAACUCUUGGAGAAAGAGGCUAUAGGCACCCAGGGAUCUGGAAAUCUUGAGGUUGGCAGGCACAGGAGGCGAACACAGCUAACGAAUAUCAGGCAGUUUAUCAUGCCUGUUGUGAGCACAGUGUCCUUGCGCAUCAUCAAGACUCCAAAGCGCUUCAUUGAUGAGGCCAGUUUCAGCACUCCACCGCCACACACAAAAAUUGCGCGAUUGGACUCUGUGGUAUCCGCCUCGGCACCCCAACCCGUGAUGUCAUCCUCCCCCGCCCUUGUUUCCACAACGCCGGUCACGAGUGGAGCUGCUGCCACACCAGGGUCAAGGUCUUCUGUUGAUUCUCUCCCACCCCCACCACCUCCUGUCUCGACAACCAGCGCCACCACGGUAGCAGCGACUCUCCUCAACAACAGCAGCUGCAACAACAGCGCUAGCAAUGGACGUUUCAGUAGCAGUGCGGCCUCCUGUGGCUCCAGCGCUGUUUCACAGCAUUCCUCUCAAGUCUCUUCUGGCGAGUCAUCUCGAUCCAGCAGUCCAAGCCUUGACGACUCUUCCUGUGACUCGCAGGCCUCCGAGGGCACCCAGGCCCUCUCUGAAGAACCUGAUCAUUCCCCUGCCUUUCAGGCAGAGGCCAAGAUGAGCAUGCACCACGCCUCACACCCACCAUCACCACCAUCUGAGCCAGAGCCAGACCAUGUAGAGUUGGCAUGCAGCAGGCGGGGUCGCAGAGGUCAAAGUCACAGGAGGGGGUCUUUAGUGCCACGUGGUAGAGGUAGUCUGGUUCGUGGAAGGAAACAGCCUAUUAUCAGCCCAGCCACAGGGGUUUUGAUGUCAACACAGCCCGGAUCUCAACAAGCCUCUUCCACAGCAUCUUCUUCCUCUUCCCCCCCACCACCUCCUCUCCUCAGCGCUCCUCAGCCUCCCCAAGCAGCUUCUGCCAAUACAUCUGAGCAUCAUUCCCACUCUUCAUGGAUGCUGCCGCAUUCAGUUGCUCCCUUCCUACCCACCUCUCUCUCCAGCGCUCAUGAUAAACGUCGCUCCAUAUUACGUGAGCCCACUUUUCGCUGGACGUCUCUGUCAUGCGCCGAAAGUAAGUACUUCUCAUCUGCGAAGUACGCGAAGGAGGGCCUUAUACGCAAGCCCACAUUUGACAACUUUCGUCCUCCGCCACUCACUGCUGAAGAUGUGGGACUCAUUCCUCCAGGGCCUAGCGGAGGUGGCAUUGCACCUGGUGGAUUCCCUGCACCAGGCAGUGCACCUGGAUCCAGUACCAGGCUUUUCUCCCCCCUGCAUCAUCACCACAAUCACCACCAGCAAUCUUCGUCUCGCUUUGAAACACCACUCAAAAAGCACAGCCCUCUACUACGCCCCGCACUCUUCACUCCGAGUGCGGCUCAUUCCCGCAUCUUUGAGUCAGUCACCCUCCCAUCCUCAUCAGGCAGCAGUCCUGGCUCCCUGUCCCCACUUCAAGUCUCACCAACAUCAAGCAAAAAGAGAAAGGGGUCUAGGUUCUCCCGUGGACAACCCAGGUCACCCUCACACUCCAUGACUACCAGGAGCAGUCAGCCAGGAGUUCAGACUGGGAAAUCCCCCUCUGAACAAUCUGUGUUGAGCAGUUCUGUUCCCAUAAGCGUGACUGGCAAUUCUAGCCCAUUGCCUGGAGUCAGUCCGCUUGUUGCUAGUGCCUUAAAUCAAGCUUUCAGCGGCUUUCCAUCAGGCUCCACUGGCCUGACUGGGGUUACGGAUGGGAGACGAGCAGCUGGGGGUGUCUGUGUAAGCAGGGGUUCUGCUUCAUCCUCACAGAUAUUCUCACUUUUUACACCCAAUGCUCAAGCUUCUGGAAAAGCAGGAAGAGAACGCAGUGCCUCCGGUACAAGAGACACGGGUCCAAGGGAGAAGGACAGGGAAGCAGAGAAGGCUAGGGAACGUGAAAAAGAAAACAAGAGAGACGGAAGGAAAGAUUGGGAAAGGAGAGGGAGGAGCCUUUCAUCAGAGGUUUCCCCCAGUUCUACAUCUAGCCUCUUUGUGGCGGAGGGGAGGGAUGUUGAAGAAUCUCUUACCCAGAAAAAAACACCUGGUCGUAAGAAAUCAGUCAUGGUCGAUUCUGGCGCAGAGGCCUCCCCGACGGAGUCUGCAUCAAUGCAGUCAAUUGGGGCCUUGCCAUCCAAGGGUCGUCUUCCAAGAAAAGGCAGACCUUCUGAGAAAAGUAUUGAAAUGGAGGGUGUUGAGAGGGAGAAGGACAAGGUGAGGUUGAGUGCUCCUACCGUGCCAGGGCAGAUGAGAAAAACCCCUGUAACCACAUCACUAACAUGGAGUCCAAGUACAGACAAACGUGUUGUAAAGCUGCUGAGAAAGGCUAAAGCACAGCUCAAUAAGAUAGAGAAGAGAGAGUUACAACCGGGUGAUCAGCCAAAAUUGCAGGGUCAGGAGAGUGACUCCUCAGAGACGUCAGUCCGUGGCCCACGCAUAAAGCAUGUGUGUCGUCGUGCAGCUGUAGCUCUGGGUCGCAACCGUGCUGUGUUCCCAGAUGAUAUGCCUACCCUUAGUGCCUUGCCAUGGGAGGAGAGAGAAAAGAUCUUGUCUUCCAUGGGAAAUGAUGACAAAUCGUCAGUUGCGGGGUCAGAGGAGGCAGAUCCACCCUCACCUCCCAUUAAGCCAGUUACAAGGCAGAAAACAGUCCAGGAGGCCCCUCCCAGGAAGGGUCGGCGCUCUCGACGCUGCGGGCAGUGUCCAGGCUGCCAGGUCCCGAAUGACUGUGGGGUCUGCACUAACUGCUUGGAUAAGCCCAAAUUUGGCGGACGGAACAUUAAAAAGCAAUGUUGCAAAGUAAGAAAAUGUCAGAAUUUGCAGUGGAUGCCGUCAAAGUUUCUUCAGAAGCAGGCAAAAGGUAAAAAAGAUAAGCGGAGAAAUAAAUGGUCCGAAAAAAAGGAGGCACAUCAGCAUGUCAAAUCGCAGUGUUCUGAAGCAAUCCCCAAACCAGCCUCUUCUCCAAAGGAAGAGCCGCCCCGUAAGAAAAGUGAAACUCCACCGCCUGUCCAGAGAGAGGACAAACAUAACCAGACGCAGCCUGCAUCACCAUCCUCAUCAUCUUCCUCCCCAAAGCACUCCCCUCUCUCUAGUCCUUCUGACGAUUCCAAGCAUUCUCAGGCCCCUUCAAGCUCUGCUUCCAGGAAGGAAUGGAAGCAGCAGGCCAGUCCAUCAGCCACUUCUUUGCAUGCUGCCCCAUCAUCGCCACCAGCACAAUCCCAGCAGUCCUUGCAGCAGCAAAGCCAAGUGCCAGCAAAAAAGGAAGGCCUUUCAAAUUCCCAAACCAGUGACCCCAAGAAAUCUCAGCAGCAAAGUCAACCCAGUUCUACUACAGACACAGAAACAAAGCAAAAGAAACCAGCCACCCGAUGUGUACAACCAACCAAGCCUAAACCAAAAGAGAAGUUACCUACCAAACCAGACAGCAGUACUUUAAACUCCCAGAGCACUCCCUCGACUGGGGGCAUCACCAAGCAUAAAGCGCCCUACGAUGGAGUGCAUCGAAUCAGAGUAGAUUUCAAGGAGGAUCAUGACAUUGAGAAUGUCUGGGAGAUGGGUGGGCUCAGCAUUCUUACCUCCGUGCCAAUCACCCCACGGGUGGUGUGCUUUCUUUGUGCCAGCAGCGGUAACACAGAGUUCAUUUUCUGUCAGGUGUGUUGUGAGCCUUUCCACCUUUUCUGCUUGGGAGAGACAGAGCGCCCCCAUGAGGAACAGUGGGAGAACUGGUGCUGCCGCCGGUGUCGCUUUUGCCAUGUUUGUGGCCUGAAGUAUCAGAAAACCAAACAACUACUGGAGUGCGACAAGUGCCGAAAUAGCUUUCACCCUGAGUGCCUGGGACCCAACCACCCUACCAGACCCACCAAGAAGAAGAGAGUCUGGAUAUGCACCAAAUGUGUACGCUGUAAGAGCUGUGGGGCCACUAAACCAGGGAAAGCAUGGGAUGCCCAAUGGUCACAUGAUUUCUCUCUGUGUCAAGACUGUGCCAAACUCAUAGCCAAAGGCAACUUCUGCUCGAUCUGUAAUAAGUGCUAUGAUGACGAUGACUAUGAAAGCAAACUGGUGAAGUGCAGGAAGUGUGAUUGCUGGGUUCAUGCCAAAUGUGAACAUUUAACCGAUGACAUGUAUGAGCUCCUGUCGAACCUGCCUGAGAAUGUUGCCUAUACCUGCGUAAAAUGCACUGAGCCCCAUCACACUGAGUGGCGUGAUGUCCUUGAGAAAGAGAUGCAGAAAUCCAUGCGACAGGUUCUCACUGCCCUGCUCAACUCUCGCACAUCCACACACCUGCUUCGUUACAGACAGGCCGUUAUGAAACCACCUGAGCUCAACCCAGAAACAGAAGAGAGCCUUCCCUCACGCCGUUCCCCCGAGGGUCCUGACCCGCCUGUGCUGACAGAGGUGUUGCCACCAAAUGAUUCACCUCUCGAUUUGGAGUCCGUGGAGAAGAAAAUGGAUUCAGGAUGCUAUAAGUCUCUUCUGGAGUUCAGUGAUGACAUUGUAAAAAUCAUCCAGACAGCCUUCAAUUCGGAUGGUGGUCAGAUGGAGAGCAGAAAGGCCAACAGCAUGAUCAAGUCCUUCUUUAUUCGGCAAAUAGAGCGGGUUUUUCCAUGGUUUGGAGUGAAGGAGUCCAAAUUCUGGGAGACGCACAAAGUUGCUUCCAAUAGUGGAUUACUUCCGAAUGCUGUGCUGCCCCCUUCUUUGGACCACAACUAUGCCCAGUGGCAGGAGAGAGAGGAGAUAGCCAGAGCUGAGCAACCUCUGCUCAUGAAAAAGAUCAUCCCUGCUCCCCGACCUGAAGCCCCUGGAGAGUCUGAAUCUCCGAUGAUCCCCACACCACCACCACCUCCACCACCCAAGCUUAUCCAUGACUUGAGUCAUGAAGACAUCCCUGAGCUCCCCCCUCCCCCUGAUGUCGGUGACAACCGACAGUGUGCUCUUUGUCUGAAUUACGGAGAUGAGAAAACAAAUGACUGUGGAAGAUUGCUUUAUAUCGGUCAGAAUGAGUGGACCCAUGUGAAUUGUGCUUUGUGGUCAGCAGAGGUGUUUGAGGAUGUUGAUGGUUCUCUCAAAAAUGUCUAUAUGGCAGUCAGCCGAGGCAAACAGCUGCGAUGUGAGAAUUGUCAAAAACCUGGAGCCACAGUGAGUUGUUGCCUGACCUCCUGUACCAGUAACUAUCACUUCAUGUGUGCCCGUCAGCAGCAGUGUGCCUUUUUAGAGGACAAGAAAGUUUACUGUCAGCGUCACAGAGCCCUGAUAAAGGGCGAGGUGGUACCAGAGUCAGGAUUUGAAGUGACUCGGAGGAUCCUUGUGGACUUUGAAGGGAUGAGUCUGAGAAAGAAGUUUAGUAAUGGGCUGGAGCCAAACAGCAUCCACAUGAUGAUAGGGUCUAUGACUAUCGACUGUCUUGGUAUGCUAACUGAAUUGUCAGAUUGUGAGAAGCUGUUUCCUGUGGGAUAUCAAUGCUCACGGGUCUACUGGAGUACCCUCGAUGCCCGCAAGCGUUGCGUCUAUAAAUGUAGAAUUCUGAUGUGCCGGUCCUCUAUGACAGAAAAUAUUGAUCAUAUUUCAUCAGUUACAGAGGACAACCACACCGUGGCUCAUAGUCCUCCACCUAUAUCAGAUUCCAUUAAUCCCCAGAAUGUGCCUUCCAGACCAAAACCAAGGGUUUAUUUUAGAAACCGACAUCCUAGUUACCCACCAUGUCAUCGUUCUCCCACUACCAGACCGCUUCCCUCUCCAGAUGGUUUUAAGAGGUCAGUCCAUGAGAUUGUGACUGUGGGGGACCCUUUGCUGAGUUCAAAUCUACGAAGCAUCGGAUCUCGCCGACACAGCACUUCCUCUGUCUCCCCUCAACCGCACAGGCAAAAGAUUUCCUCCCCUUCACAGGGAGGAACAGUAUCUGGUCAGACCGGUAAUCCAUUUGCUGUCUCCCUGUCCUCAACCUCCAAGGAAACCGUAACCAGGGACAUGGAAAAAGAAAAAGCAACAGCUGUAGAAAGAUCUCAGAGUCGCGAGGCUAAUGCAAUAAACACUGGGGCACAACGUCGACUCAAUUUUGGUUUCACUGAACGAAUAGAUGGUAGCAAAAAGCAGUCAGAGGGUGACAGUUUGAAAUCAUCGCAACCAACUUCCAUAAGUCAGGUGUCACCACCUCUUGGAACUGCCGUUUUGACAGGGCAUCAGAGAGUAAGUGGCAGUUUGAGAACAGAGAAGGGGAAGCAAGCCACAAAAGAUACAGACCUUCCGGCUGCAGCCACUUUAACGUCCAGUCAUUCACCUGAUACUCUUCCAAAAGACAAAACUAAUCCAGUUAAAGAAGCAAAUGUUACAUCAGUGUCUGCAUCAAAAGACACAGGAAAGACUGGUUUGCCUCAGCCGGUUCACAGCAAAAGUGGAGGUAGGAAGUCCCAUGACUUUGUGUCCGGCCCAGCUCCAGCAGCAGCAAUGAAGCUUCUCUGGACAUCUGGUGCAAAGGUGGGAGAAGAGGAAAUAAAGCGUGGCGUCCAGGCGGGUCCUGCCAUGACUGCUAGUCAUGGAACUUCUAGCACCAAAGAAAAACACUCCAAAGCAAAAAUGAAUGUUACCAGAGAUGCAUCAAGAGAAAGAAAAGAAACUCCUCAAAACAGAAACCAGGUUCUCAACAGCAACUCGAAAAGCAGCGGUGUCAAAGCUUCUCAAGGUCCAACAGCAAACAACAGUAGCAAUAAAGCCACAGCACUGAGCAUUAAAACACUUUCUGGCACAGUGGGAGUUAAUAAAUUUGAUCAGAAGGAAGGGGAAAAGCCAUUAAAGUCCAAAGACAGAUUUAGCCUUGAGAAAAAGCAUGCUUCAGCAGUGGAGGCUAUUCAGACAAAAACAGGAGUAGAGAGAAAUAUCAAGCCACCACACGUACACUCUAAAUCAACUAAACAAGUUGCUCCAGUUGAAAAGAAACAAAGAGAGAGACUGCCCCUGAAAAUGGAUCCUAACGGAACCAAAGCUGUUGGCAUAUCCCCUAACACAAACCCUGUCACGCCCGGCAUCCAGGGCACCCAAAGAAGGUCCUCUCGAGCAAUGGUUUUCUCCCCAUCUGCAAGCUCUGAAAGUUCUGAGUCCGACAGCCACAUCCACCCGGACGAUUCGGAAGAGAAUCUUAUGAACCACAUAUGUGCUGAUGAAGGAGAGGAUCAUAAUUUAGAAGAUGAAGGCAGUGUUGAUAAACACCAUGAGGAAGACAGUGACGGUUCAGCGGGUUCAGCAAAGCGCAGAUACCCGAGGCGAAGCGCCCGUGCACGAUCCAACAUGUUCUUCGGAUUAACCCCUUUCUAUGGCGUGCGAUCAUAUGGCGAGGAAGACAUACCCUUCUACAGCAGCGGGGACUUCUCCAUGAGAAAGCGGACGGGCAGCAAACGCUCGGCUGAAGGACAAGUAGAUGGAGCGGAUGAUAUGAGCACAUCUUCCUCGGCAGACAGUGGAGAGGACGAGGAAGGAGGAAUUGGUUCGAACAAGGAUGCAUACUAUUAUAACUUCACACGCACUAUCAUAAACCCUAACUCUGGUCUUCCACCAAUUGCAAGCAUUGAUCAGUGUUUAGGAAAAGGGUCACACAUUCACAGGUUCUUAAGGGAUCAGGCGAAGGAGCAGGAUGAAGAUAGCGACGAGGUGUCGACCGCAACCAAAAAUUUGGAACUGCAACAGAUCGGUCAGUUGGAUGGUGUGGAUGAUGGUUCUGAGAGCGACGUUAGUAUAAGCACCAGCAGUACGACCACUGCCGCUACUUCAUCCACACACAAAAGUUCAACAAAGAGGAAGGGAAGAGAAAGCAGGGCUGACAAAUUAAGUAUCGACUCAGGGAAAGAGGCAGAGAAUACCGCUAGUGCAGGGGGUGGUAGCUGUAACAGUCGUAAAAGUCAGAAGGAUAACUGUCUUCCGUUAGGGAGUGUGAAAACACAGGGACAAGACCCUCUGGAUUCUCAGUUGUCGCUUAGCACUGAUCUCCUCAAGUCUGAUUCUGAUAACAACAACAGUGACGACUGUGGUAACAUCCUGCCGUCUGAUAUAAUGGAAUUUGUGCUGAAUACCCCGUCAAUGCAUGCGUUAGGACAGCAGACAGAAGCUCCAUCUGCUGAACCCUUCUCUUUAGAUCAAAGUUACGGGGUGGACGUUAACCAAAGGAAGGACAUGCUGUUUGAAGAUUUCACUCAGCCGUUGCCUAGUGCCGAAUCUGUGGAGAGUGGAGUGAACAGUUCAAUUGCUGUAGAAGAGCCCUACGUUCUUCCUCUCGAGCUGCCGUCCGACCUCUCUGUUUUAACAACCCGGAGUCCAACGGUAAACAACCAGAAUCAUGGCUCGCUCAUCUCUGAAACAUCAGAGCGCAGCAAAUUGGCUAUCACCACAGAGGAAACCGGAGAAGAAAAAAGUGGCGAGAAACCAACAACAGGCACCACCGUAUCCACCAAAACCCCACAAGACAGAUGUGGAGAUUCCCAGGUUCCAGAAGGUCACAUGACUCCAAAACAUUUUAUUCCAGCACGCAUUGAUGGCGACCACAUUGCGAGUCCUGCAGUGGCAGAAACAGGGAGCCAAGAUCCGACAAGAACUACAAGCGCACCAGGUUUACCUAGCUCGCCCACUGUGCCUCUCCAAAGUCAGAAGUUCAUUCCUGCUGCCACAAUCAGUUCGGUGCCUGCUCCAAUCACAAGCUCGGCUGUUCAAGCUACUGCCUCUCAAAUAAAACCUGGUCCAGAGAAACUGAUAGUGCUAAACCAGCAUCUGCAGCCAUUCUAUGUAUGGCAAACCCUACCUAAUGGUUUAACACAAAAGAUUCAGAUCGCCUCGUCUGGAACAAGUGUCAUGAACACGAGCGCCCCUGUUUUGACAGGCCUAAGUGCUGGCCUCUCCACAUCGCAGUCCAUUUUUCCUGCUGGUGGAAAAGGGUUAGUUCCCGUUUCUCAUCACCCACAAAUCCAUGCGUUCACUACUACCGCCCAGACUGGUUUCCAAUCAGUUAUUCCAAGCACCACAUCAGGCCUCCUCAUAGGAGUCCCCUCUCAUGAUUCCCAGAUUGGCGUGACUGAGGCAAGACACAGGCAUGAUCAUUCUUCUAGCCACGCUAGUGCCUCAUCCAUCAUGACUGCUCCUCCCAUGCUCCCCUCUGUUCAAGGCAAGAAACGUAUUUCACGUCUUCAUUCCCAUAAGAGCAAGAAACAGGCACGUUCAAAGAGCCAACCCACACUUGCUCCUUCAGAUGUUGGUCCCAACAUGACCCUUAUAAACCUCUCGCCUUCACAAAUUGCUGCAGGAAUCCCUGCCCAGCAAGGCCUGAUAACCAAGACGACCACACCUCAUCGCAAAAUUCCCAACAUCAUAAAACGACCCAAAGCAGGGGUGAUGUAUUUGGAACCUACUCUCCUUCCACAACCCAUGCCCAUUUCAACCACAGCACAGCCUGGCAUGCUGGGACAUGAUUCCUCAACUCACCUGCUGCCGUGUACAGUGUCAGGGCUCAACCCAAAUCAGUCUGUUUUAAACGUGGUGUCUGUGGCUCAGAGUGGAGGACCUAUAAGUAACCUUGUUAUCAAAGCCAACCCUCACAACCUGGGCCUCCCAGAGCAACAGAUGGUUCUUCAUUCGGGAACCCCAAUGAUGUCUCCGCUUACUAAUCCUGUCCAGACAUCCAUUGCUAGCAGCAUCUGCGUUUUCCCCCCAAACCGAAAUAUAAGCAUGUCUGUCAACCAACAGGUGGACAAGGAGGGCAGCAUUCAUCUCCAGCAUUCACUCGGCCGGGUCCUGACGGAUAAAACCGUAGACCCGAGUGCAAGUUCUACGGGUCAGGUGGCUCUCGCCCCUUAUCCUGUUACUCGAGAACUAAACAAAGGUCAUGUGCUUGGAGUCCUGACGCAGAGCUCACGAACCUCUCCCAUCGCACGACCACCGCAUCAGCUACAAUCCUUUAAGUUGCCUGCUGGAGGUACCUCCACAACAAAAGGAAAGCAAAAAGCUAAACGGCCUAGACCAAGAUCAGAUAAGAGCGGUGGAAAGAAACAUAAAGGACUUCAGUCAGAUAUCCUAACUGUUGACAUCUCUGCAAUUCAAGCCUCGUCUUUUACAGGGGACCAGGAACUUUCAUCACCUGAGCCAAUGGAUACUGGGCAGUCUAAUGAAUGUGGUUCAAAAAAGAGUGAUUCUGUGACUAUGAGAGCUGAUUCACUUAAACAAAAGACCAUAGCUACUUGUGAUGAGAAACCAAAGACUGCGGUGGAAUUACCCGAUCAGAGGGACAGUGGGAGAGACUCUUCGUUGAACUACAAACCCAGGAAAGGGCUUAUGUUUGAAAUCUGCAGUGAUGACGGAUUUCAGAUUCGCUGUGAAAGUAUUGAAGAGGCAUGGAAGUAUCUGACAGAUAAGGUACAAGAAGCUCGGUCCAAUGCUAGACUCAAGGCUCUUUCGUUUGACGGAGUGAAUGGGUUGAAGAUGCUGGGUGUCGUCCAUGAUGCUGUAGUGUUUCUACUGGAACAGCUUUAUGGAGCAAGGCAUUGUCGAAACUACAAGUUCCGCUUCCACAAACCCGAGGAGCCAGAAGACCCUCCUAUCAACCCGCACGGAUCCGCCCGUGCUGAGGUGUACCACAGGAGAUCAGCUCUGGACAUGUUUAAUUUCCUGGCAUCUAAACAUCGUCAGUCUCCUCAAUACAACCCCCAGGAGGAAGAUGAUGAGGAAAUACAGCUGAAAUCUGCUCGACGGACCACCAGCAUGAAUUUACCACUUCCUGUGAGGUUCCGCCACUUCAAGAAAACAUCCAGCCAGGCUGUAGGUGUCUACAGAUCAGCCAUCCAUGGCAGAGGUUUGUUCUGCAGAAGAAACAUUGAUGCUGGCGAGAUGGUGAUCGAGUAUUCUGGGACUGUCAUACGCUCUGUUCUCACUGACAAGCGGGAGAAGUACUACGAUGGCAAGGGCAUUGGCUGCUACAUGUUUCGUAUUGACGAUUAUGAAGUCGUUGAUGCCACCAUGCACGGCAAUGCUGCUCGUUUCAUUAACCACUCCUGCGAGCCCAAUUGUUUCUCCCGUGUGGUCAGCGUCGAUGGUCAGAAGCACAUUGUCAUUUUCGCCAUGCGCAAAAUCUAUACAGGAGAGGAGCUCACAUACGAUUACAAGUUCCCCAUUGAAGAACCAGGCAAUAAGCUGCCUUGCAACUGUGGGGCAAAGAAGUGUCGCAAGUUUCUCAAUUGAAAGGAAUUCACAAGCUGAAACCAUCUGUGAAAUGCGUGAAAAGCGUGUAUACUUUCAAGGGAAGAGACUUUUCAAAAAUGUUUUAUUAUUGAAGCAGGCUCAGGUUAUCAGAGGGUUCAUGGUAUUGUGCCUCUUAAGUUUGUAUUUUUAAAAAAGGCAAAUGAGCAGAGUAGCAACAGAGAGGAUCAUCUUUAUGUCCUCAUUAAAUGCCCAAUUGAAGAGAUUUGUGCCCCCAUUCUUAACUUUUGUAUAUGAUAUUUAAUUGUUUUGUUUAAUUUUGUUUUUUAAGACGGUGAACUUGUAUUUGUAUUGAGUCUGGCCUGCCCUUGCUUAUGAGCCUGAAUUACUAAAACGUUGCCACAUUGAUCCAUUUUUCACCAAAGUGCAAUUUUGGAAGGGAAAGAUUUAAUCUUUAUAGGCUGAUGAACUGCAGUCAGUACAUAAUCCUAUUAUUUUUAGCCUGACCUGUUUAAACUUCUCUUCCUUUUUGAAUGUACAUUGAAGCCUUUAGAGCAUCCAUGGUCGUCCUUUCCAAGCUGGGCCUGAUUCUCUUAUGGAAGACGCUGUAAAUAUCACCUUGUAUGCAGAGAUAAUUAAAGGGGAGACACUAGGGGGAGCAGUGGUCCCAGGAAUGAAUUUUUAAUUUGUGAAAAAGCUUAAUUUUGUCAAUGGUAAAAUGAAAGUGAGUAUGCAUAGUGUGUUUGACAUGGGAAGAGUAGGCCAGCAUACAUUCUAGGAUUGGAUGUGAGUUUUAGGGGCUGGCUGGGAUGAGAUCCUGGUGGACUGAGCACCAAUUGACCACAGCUUCUGAGGUCUGGGGGAAUUGCAUGUUUUAUUUUACUAUCCGUUUUUAUAGUCAUUCAAAGAAAGAGUAGAUAAAUCACAUUCAUUGCGGAAGAUUAUUUACAUGUGCUAUAAAAUUUGUACGAUUUAAUUGAUCUUUAGCAGAGUCCAAAUGCAAUAGCCUGUUUAUUUAUUGUGUCUCGGCAAAGGGAAAUUAAUUCUCCAUAAGCUCGUGGUUAUGUACACAAUUAUUAAGAUCAUGUUUGAGACGAUUAUUUCUCUUACUGACAAAGAAGUAUCAUUUAUUCAGUGUGUAUAUAAUAUGUAUAUUUUUCUAUACAAAGAACUAAAAAGCACUCAUUGGGGAAUAGCACUUACUGUGUAACGAUUGUAUUUAUAUUUUUAAUAAAACGUAUUUAUUUUGUCAACAUUUUUGUAGGAAAUUGUAGAGAUUGACAACACUAAUGCUUUGCCCAGACAUUUUUAUAGCGCUGUCUCUUUGAAAGAUUUUUUUUUUUUUCUAUUCCAAAGACUGAAGCGGUUACAGUUCCCACAGAAUGCGGUCCACCAGUGGCUCACAUUGCCAACCCAAUCAAGCAUGAACAUUUCAUAUUAGGUUUAGUGAGCUGCGAAGAUUUUAAGGGAGUCGCAAGUGCAGAUAUGUUUGAUUUGACUCAUUGUGCCAGCCUUAAAAUCACAUUUAGGAACAGCCCACUUUCCCCUUAAAAAAAAUAGAUACAAAAAAUCUAUUUGUAAACGUUGUGCAUUUCCUCUCAAGAGUAAAAUGAAGAAAAGAUGCCUCGAACCACUCUCUGCCAUUCUAGAAACUGACAAGUUCCAAAGUUUAUUCCAUAUAUUUUGUUAUAUCAAAAUAUUUUCUUAGAGAUUGGUGUAAUGUAAGGAAUUUGCCACGGAGGCUUUCCCAUGUAAAACUACUUCUAAAGCACUAUAUGUAUGGAGGAUUGGAGGCCAGCGGCCUCUCUGUUUUUCCUCUUUGUCUUGUGCACUGAAGAUUAGUCGUCUUCCCAGUCUUCAACACAUGUUGCCUUGGCACCGUGGCUCCAGCUAGCCAUUCAAUGCACAUUUUGUGCUUGUAUCAUCGCUCUUUUCUCUUUAUGAUAUGCCCAUCGUGCUUGUUUUUAUCCAUGCCCUUUUAAGGGUGCUGUUUGAUCCCCCUUUUAAAAUAAGGCAACUGUUCUGGCAACACAGAUGUGACUUGUAUUAUUCUGUGGAUUGUUCUUCCAUGGUUCUUUAAGAUAUGAAGUUUGGUGCCUUCUAAGUAAAUUUGUUAUGGAAAAAUCCUCCCGUGUGUCUUGACAGUGUACACGUUACCCGGCAUGCAUCUCUUGGGGAUUACGUUUUUGUCUACAGAAACCUAGGGCACAAACAGAUUCCUUUUAUGGGUAAACAAUCCACUUGAAGUUUGACUGUAUUGUUUUGUUUUUCACCGAAGUUCUGAUGCUUUUUAAAGGGAUGCUGUUGCACGAGUAUGUGGAUGGGUAUUGCAGAACGAUUUGGGAUCUGUAAAGAACUCUUGACAAAGCUGCUUUGUGCAACUGUGGCUUCCUUAUCGAGCCACUAUUAAGGCCAGUUUCUCUCUCAUUGCCUAGCAUGUGUUUAAUACUUUAUUAUUUUCUCGUCCACUGCAGACUUCCCCUUCCCAAUAUUACUGUUUAAACGGCAUUUCACUACAGCACUGAAGAUCAGAGUUCUGUGUGUCGCAUAUAUGCGUGUUUUGUUAUGGGAUCAUGGUUUCGCCAUUUUUAUUUCAGGGAUAUUCCCGGCACCCCUGUGGAACAGGGAUGUGCUGAAUUCUGCAGCUUGGCCGUUGUUGAAUGUAUUCUAGAUCUUACGAAUUUAUUUCCUUCAUUUUUUCCAACAAGAAAGGCUGGGAAGAUAAAGGAUUUGUAUUUCAUGAAAUGGGAGGGUAAUAUAGCAAUGGCAAUCUUUGCAGGGUUAUACAGAAACUAUUGCUCAGUCUAACGAAAUGAGAUUUAUUUUAGUAAUAUAUUUUCUUUUGUAAUGCAGUUACAAAGGGCUUUGAAAUAGACUCCUGCACAGAUAUCAGUACAACUUCAGACGCUCCACAAAUCGACGUGAUAGUGCUCAGUCAGUGUUGCAGAAGCAGACAUGCUCUGUUGUUUUCCUGGACUUUACUCUUCCACACCACACAUGUGGUACCACACCUGUAAUUAUAACCUACAAUAUGUACACACACAAUAUACGUGGAUAUAUAUAUAAACUAAACGUGUAUGAAUAGUAACUUGUACUUCAAUAUCUACACAAUAUACGGAAUGGUCAGACAAACUUAGUUACAGUAGCAAACAGCAACUUCAUAAUGGUUAAUUCCAAUGUUCAGUGUAUAAUCUAUAAUGGUUUUGUGUUACAGGUAAUUUUAAGAGUAACUAAUGUGCAUCAUUUUAAUAUCAAGAACAAGUACCAGUUUUUCUGUGCCUGUGUAAGUUCCCUCAAGCGGAGCUUCUUUUCGUUUUAUUUGGAAAUGAGCGGUAUUUAUAUGAUGACACAAUUUCAUGUAAAAUGUGGUUGUAAACUUAUGUAUUUCUUUUUACGCUUUUGAUGGUGUAGUCUGCUUUAUUUUACUUGUACAUUUUUAACAAUUUGUGGACAUCAGGAGAAAAAAGUUCUUGCCUGAACCCAGCCAUGUCACCUGUACCUCUCUAUCCUAUUGGGAUUUAAGUUGUACUUUUUCUUACGUGAUGUUUUGUAAUAAGUAAUGGUAACCAUUCUAUUUAUUUAUUUCUGAAAACGUUGGAACAUCUUUAGAUGUACACUGAGGUAAAGGUGUCACAUACUCUCCCUCUGAGAGCGGUAGACACAGCUCCCUGUUUAUGGAAAUGUAUGGUUCAUUUUGUACAGAAAUGUGUUGCGGACCAUCUGAGGUACUUUAGGGAGCGAGACAGGCCGUAGCCUUGAGAUGGGGAGUUUUUCAAUUGUUCCUCCUUAGUUUAACUUUGUCUUAAGGACGCUUCCUUUCCUCUUCAAGAAUUUCAUGUUGAUAUUAAUACUGACAGUUUUAGGUUUUUUUUUACUUUAUCCAAGUUUGCCCCAUCAGUGUUUUACCAUUUUAUAGAAAAAUGAAGGAAAAUUGUCAAUCCUGAAAUAGUCAACCACAAACUACUUAAGGAUGAAUGUAUAGUGAGGAAAAAAAUUGUACAUAACUGUAAAAAUGAAAAUUUCUAAUCAUGUUUAUUUUCUAUGCACUUUUUUAUUUAAGUGAUAGUUUAAAUAAUAAACAUGUCUUGUUUACUCAAA